AUGUCCACUAUUCUUUUCACCAAGAAUUUCAUUGACAAAAUCACUGCUAUUGUUAGAAAGUUCUGGUGGGCUGGGGUGCAGGAUGAAAAUGCUUCAACAAGCUUCCAUUUUAGAUCCUGGAAGGACAUCUGCAGGCCCAAGGUCGAAGGCGGCCUAGGUAUCAGAGACCUCUUCACAGUAAACAAAAGCCUUAUCUUAAAUGCGGCGUGGAAAAUUGCAACUGGUAAGAACCAAUUCCUUUCUGAAGUCCUUAAAGCAAAAUAUUAUCCUAACACUAGCUUCUGGAAAUCUGGAAAUCACUCAACCAAAUCGGCCUUUUGGGCUUCUGUCACUAGUGUCAAGAACGUCCUUCUCAAUAACUGUAUUGUUCAAGUUCAUAGAGGCAACUCUAGCAUUUGGUCAACGCCUUGGUGUGAUAUUUGGAAGGAGAUUUAUGAUCACAUAAAACUUCCUGUCACGGUGAAUAAUCUUCCCAGUCGUAUAGCUGAUCUAUGGGAUUCUAACAACCUAACAUGGAAUGAUGAGGCUAUAGAAUCAAUUUUUGACAACCAUGCCACAAACUCAAUUAAGAAAGUGAAAACUGUUCCUUCCACAGAUGAUGACAAAAUUGUUUGGAAGCCAUCCAAAAAUGGGGACUGCACUGCACAUAAUGCAUUCUUCUAUCUUAACAGUCUGUCAAGGUUGCAGCUCCCACAACAGGGCCCUAGAAGUAUUAACCAGGACAACUUGAACAUCCUCAAUCGAGUUUGGAAAUGCAAAACUAUUCCUCCAGUAAUCAAGACUUUUAUUUGGAGACUUAUAAGACGAGCCAUAGCCACUGGAGCUCGUGCAAACAGCCUCACUGAAAAAAUUGAUAAAUCUUGUGCUUUAUGUGGAGCAAUUGAGAAUGACGUGCAUCUGUUUUUUCACUGUGACUUUGCUAGAUCAGUCUGGUUCUCUUCCACUACCCCUUUAUUAUCCUCCUCCCUGCCUAAUGAGGAAGAUGGGGUCCAGGAAUGUUUGCAAAAAAUAAUUAAUUCAAAAACUCCUGAAGAUAUCCUGACGCAGGUUGUAACGUACCUUUGGUUCUGGAAGGCCAGAAACGAUCGCCGUUUCAGGCAGAGGAACUGGUCUGUUUUGCAGGUACACUUGGCAGUGAAAGCCCACAUACAGACGUACAAUGCUGCCCUUUUGAAGGAGCAAUCGCAGCACCUCCACAGACAAAACAAAAAUGACAACGGAACUAAUGAAAUCCGGGAGCCUAAUGGCUCCUCUCACAACUCUUGUCAAUGCAGGUUUACAGACGGCCCAGAGGAAGUCAGGUGCUACACUGAUGCCUCCAUUGAUCCAGGAGUAUCAAUUGAUUCGCCAAAGGAGGCAGGUUUAGGAAUCCACAUACAGGAAGUCAAAACAAAAGUAACCUAUCACUUCAAGAUUCGAAUCAGCCAGGCUACCUCGGUAGUUAUGGCUGAGGCGGCAGCAAUAGCUUUUGCUGCUAACAUUGCUUCCAAUUUGGGCUACGACAAAAUCAUCUUCUACACCGACAAUCAGUCGCUUGUCAACUACCUCAACGGCCAUACCACUUCCUGGCUGCCAUCAUGGGAUUCUAAACCAUUCACUCAGAUGUUCAUCAACUGCACAACUAACAGAAGAUCCCAAAGAUUCAUCUCUAAGGUAAACUGUUCCACACAGUUGGAGUGGCAGCAGUUUGUUGUGCUCUGUGGAGAGCCAGAAACAACAUAUGCUUUGAAAACAAAACAAGCAGGUUUACAGAGCAAGAAGAAUCAGGAACAGCUGGAGCAGGAAGCGGAGACUCUGGAUCGGAAACGGCAGCACUUUAUUUUCAUUGCUCAACUCACGAUGGGAGAAGGGUAG